AUGAUCUCAACACGAUCACUAUACCCGGACUUCGAGUUCUUCAGACGCAAUGAGAGAGGUCCCCAUAUGGCCUUGAGCCAGAGUUCUCACAUUCAUGACCAAUAUGAGACUGGCGGCCACCUCAGUAGCCGUACAACACCUACAUCUGAACCAGAUAGCAGAGCAACGAGCGGCUCGAGAAAGCGUGUACCAGUUGCUUGUGAAAGAUGCCGGAAACGCAAAAUCAAAUGCAGUGGCAACGAAGGUGACAGUCAAGCAUGUGCAAAUUGUAAAAACUCGGGCCUGGAGGACUCAUGUCGCUUUCUGCGGGUUUCUUCAGUAGAUCCCAGUCAGUAUAGUUUUCGAGGGUGGCAGGGACCUCCACGAUACUCACCAUACUCCAUCCCAACACAUCACCGUCUCAACUAUGUGCCUGUGCAGUCAAGGUGCAGUCCGCCAAGCAGUUUGCAAUAUCACCAUUUCCCAACCGGCAUUGACUAUGGUGGAUACACUAACCAGAGCACAAGUGUGGAUUGGGGGAGAACACAAUAUGUCGGACCGUACUCGCCAUACCCUGAUGACGAAGAAACGAGUCCCUACACCACACAACCGCCUCCCUACAUUCUCCCGAACACGGAUCCGAUGUCUACCAACAACGCCUACUAUAUCCAUGGUCAUGGCGUCCGGCCCCAUCCUGGUUCCCUUUGGCCAGAGACUCAGCAAUAUGUACCUCAGCCCAAUUCCCAGGCAAGUGGCGCUUCCUAUUCAAUGCCCAAUGAGACGUCUCAAUCAUACCAUACAAUCGGGGCUGGGGGAAACCUCCCAUCAGACCGUAUCUUGCCACAGCCAAUCAAUGCACGCAGCUAUAUCCCAACACCAGCCAGUUCGGUGGAUCUCCCAAUUUCUGCUGUAAGCCAACGCAGUCAAGGCUACUGGAAUGGUGAUACUGCCUCCUCUGUUCAGCAGAUCUCGACCCAGGUAGAAUCAAAUGGAGCUCAAGAACAACACAACGCCAGAGAGAAUGUCUCCUACAGAGUUCAGGACAUGGCAUACGGCCAGAUGAGUUUAGGUGAAGUGCUCUCUGCUUCGUCAGUAGUAUCUGGCGAGCAGCUUGUUGUCAACGAAGCUCAAUCUGCAGCGACCACCACGGGUCCAACGGAAGACAGUCUCUCACAGCACUCAUCACUGGGUGCGGUCUCUCACCAAAGCCUGAAAUCCACCAUUGAGGACCAUGCUGCAACAUAUGGGUACAAAGGCUCCGUAAAUGGGCACAACUCGCAACCAAUAAGAGCUUCAAGUCAAUCCUUCACUGGGUCAUUCUACGGGCGAGCCAUAGUUCCACAGCAAGAACCUGGCUCAGAUGACUGCAGUCCAGACUGUUCCGGGUGUCAGACCACUGAGUCGACUCGCACGUCUGUCACAUCGAUCAGCAACACCUCGUCGACAUAUUGA